UGGCAGACGACAUGUGUUUUUGUUUGGUCAGUUCUUUGUAGCCGCCAAAGGGAUAAGCAUGGCGUUUGCACCGGACAUGCUGUCUUUUACUGUUUUGUACGUUCUCCAAGGAUCAUGCGACGCCCUGGUCUACCUAACUAUCUAUACACUAGGAAUGGAAUUGGUAGGUACAAGUAAGCGACGUAUGGCCGGCCUCAUCAUCGGAAUGUUUUUUGGAUUAGGACACACAUUACUGGCACUGGAGGCGUACUUGGUACGCAACUGGCGCCAUCUAGCGUUGGUGGCAAAUUCACCUGCAGUUUUCUUCACUUUGUUUUGGUUGGUUCUUCCGGAGUCGGUGCGAUGGCUGCUCGCUCAGGGUCGACAUGAAGAAGCAAAGGCAAUCAUUACAAGAGUAGCUGCCGUCAACAAGGUCACACUGGAUCCAGAUGUACUCGAUGACUUUUUAUUGAAGGGAGACCAGGAGAAGAGGGUAACGCACACUCCCGUCGAUUUACUGAAAACCUUGAACAGGGCUAAAGUGACUCUCAACCUCGCUUUCCUCUGGUUGGUGAACUCUUUGGUAUAUUUUGGCCUCUCCUAUGGUACUCAAGAUCUCGGAGGCAGCCUGUUCCUCAAUUUUGCACUUAUGGGCCUGGCAGAUAUCCCGGGACAAUUCUUAGCGCUAUUCAUUUUAGAUACAAUAGGGCGUCGAAAGAUAUUGCUCAUUUUCAUGGUAAUUGGUGGACUGGCGUGUAUCAUUGCUAUGCUCAUACCUAAAGACCUGCAAUGGCUGACUAUAACACUGGCUUUACUGGGGAAGAUGGCAAUAAGCACCACCUUUGCUGUCAUCUAUAUGGUAACUAGCGAGAUCUAUCCCACGGUAAUAAG